UGAUGGUUGCUUACAUAUUUGUUGUCUAAGUCAGGGAAUGAAUGGUAUGCUCUAUUAAUUACUGACAGUAUAUAAAGGUCCCAGGGAAUAGGAAGACACACACCUAUUUGAGAAACCUCCUCUUUCAACCCACCUGAAUUCACAUCCCUUGACAACAUGUGUUGCAACUACUAUGGCAACUCCUGUGGCUAUGGCUGUGGAAACAGCUAUGGCUGUGGAUUUAGCCCCUAUUAUGGCUGUGGUUAUGGUACCGGAUAUGGCUGUGGAUACGGCUGUGGAUAUGGCUCCCGCUAUGGGUGUGGUUAUGGUACCGGAUAUGGCUGUGGAUACGGCCAUGGAUAUGGCUCCCGCUAUGGCUGUGGUUACGGAACUGGAUAUGGCUGUGGAUACGGCUCUGGCUUUGGCUACUGCAGCUACAGGCCAGUUUGCUAUAGGACGUGUUAUUCUUCUUGCUGUUAGAACAUCACUAUCCAAGCCCCAUUUGCUCUGAAGUGGCACAUUUAUAGAUAAUGCUGAUUCAAGAAUCUAUAACCCAUGAUUGCUACAUCCAAGAAAUUACAUGCCUGACAGAAGGUUUGACCUCCAAUUACCCGGUUUUAGAUUGGCAUCUUUGUAGCCUGAGGCUCCAUGGUAUCAUCUGACUAAUUUCCAAGUGUUCUCUUAAUCUCUCAUUGUCUAUUAUAUAUUGAUGAUUCUCUAUCUGUACUGAUGAUCCUAACAUCUUAAA